CCACUAACACAUUGAUUGGUUGGCAAUCAGUUUGAACGACCGGAUAAGCCUGCGCCACAAACAGUCUCACAGGCUGACAGUCAACUUCCGAUGGCCUCCGCCGCCGCACACCUUUCCUUCAGCCUUCCCUUUCCGCCUUUCUCUUCUCCAGGCCACCGCCCAGUAACUGCUUUUCCUUACCCAACCACUCAGAGUCAGAAUCAGAGUCGAGUCUCCCUCAGAACUCGAGCUUUAGGUCCUGACUUUUUGGGUGAUUUCGGGGCACGUGACCCUUUCCCAGCGGAGAUAGCUAGUGGAUUUGCUGAGAAAGUGUUGGGAAACGUCGACACAGAGCAUAAGAUUCUUAUCCCUAAUGCAUCAGCUCUCUCUCUUGCUAAGCAAGAUUGCUCUCCUAUUUCUCCUUUACAGCCUCCCUUGUCGGUGGAUGAAGCUAAGGCUCUAAUGAAGAAGGUUGUUGGAUGGAGGCUGUUAGAUGAAGAAGGUGGACUUAAACUGCAGUGUUUAUGGAAAUUACGAGAUUUCAAAUCCGGAGUUGAACUCAUCAAUCGGAUUUAUAAGGUUACGGAAGCUACCGAUCAUUUCCCGAGCCUCCAUUUGGAAGGACCGAAUCAAGUCCGAGCUGAACUGUGGACUGCUUCGAUUGGAGGGUUGAGCAUGAAUGAUUUCAUUGUAGCUGCCAAGAUAGAUGAAAUAAAAACAUCGGAUCUUGCGCCUCGUAAACGGAUUUGGGCAUAAAUCGGAGCACUGAUUUUCUUUUUUCCGGCAAGUUAUCGGAGCAUAUCCGAUGAAACCAUGGAAGUCAUAAGACUCAGGGAACUUCAAUGCUUUUGAUGAAAGAUUCGAACAUUUUUUGACACAUACACUCCUUUUUUAUCCUUCUAAGCUUUUGUAUAUGGAAUUAUUUGUUGUUAGUAACAUCAUUUUUUAACAAUAAAAUGGUGAUUCUAUCAAAA